UUAUGUAAAUUGUUAUUAUAAAUGAAUCUUAAAUUAACUUGAAAUAUGGGUAAAUGAUUUUACUUUAUUUCAUUUUUUUAUGUCAAAUAAUUUACUUUCUAACAUAAAUCGACUAAUAUUCCUCUGUGUAGCUACGAUCUUAAAACACUUGCACACGUGGGAAGAGUUCUUUUUACAUGCAAUCUGAUUUCAGAGUUCAUUCACUAGGCUUUGAAUCACAAUUAUGGCGUUUCAAUCAGCUUAACAUGACAUUUAUAUAUUGAGCCAAUUAUUUUUUAAUGUAACUGUGGGACUGGUUUUUCCAGCAGCUGGUUAUUAUUCCCAUGGGCGAAGAUUUGCCAAAUCGAAUGCAAUUAAUUGAAUUAACAAGGCGCAUCGGUUCCACACUUCAUGUGGGAUCGUUAGGAACUAUAACUGGAUCUUCAACUAGCUCUAAGUUUAUUCAUUAGUUUAGUUAUGCCACAUCUUGCCAUACUUAUAAGCGAUUCCCCGCAGGAUCUCAAACGAUCGCGCCAGCGAAAAAUGCCCGGCACCUCGUAUCCCACGAAUAACGAUAAUUUCAGCAACGGAUUUCCGAUGGCCACCACACAAAGUGAGCGUCUGUUGCAGGCUCAGAAUCGAAGAAAAUUCAGUUUUCCUGCCACCUUGCAUUCCGCCUCUCUGUUGGAAGUGGGCGGAGGCCAAAAGGAGACCACUCGGCGAAGGUUGAGCAAUGUCAGCGAUGCCGUCACCAGGAAACUAUCCUACACGAUUGGCUGGAAGGCAGCCCAGAUUCCAGCGGUGGACAUCAUUACGCAGGGUCGCUGCCUAUGUGGUCAUUAUAUCAAGCGACGCUUGAGAAGAUCGGGUUUGUUCAAUAAAAAGCUUGGACUGCAGCGUAUACGUAGCAUUCUUGGUUCCACCUCCAUGGGCAUUGUGCGAGACGUUUUUCCAGCAGUUCAAGUGCUGGGCGACGAACUGGAGCGCAUGCAUCCGCGUGUUUACAAUGGAGUAGCUCGUCAGAUUUGUCGAAAUCCGGGCGGUGAGUUCAACACUCCGGAUGCUGUGAGUUUGCUACUGGGGGCCGUGGGUCGAGAGCUUUUCCGGGUGGAGAUCACCUGGAGCAAGGUGAUCUCGUUGUUUGCCAUUGCCGGUGGACUAUCCGUUGAUUGUGUACGUCAAGGACAUCCGGAAUACCUGCCAAAGUUGAUGGAGAGCGUUUCGGAGGUGAUAGAAGAUGAGCUGGUGCCUUGGAUCAAUGAGAAUGGCGGUUGGGGCGGCAUUAAUACACAUGUCUUACCCACUACCAACAGCCUGAAUCCUUUGGAGUGGACCACUCUGGUCAUAGGCAUAGUUUUUGGCUUGAUUUUAGUUUUUAUGGUUUUGCGAUUUAUAGUUAACACGAUAGUACCGAAAAUAUACCAACGAUUUACGAAUUGAAA